UAAAAAUCAACCCACGAAUUGUUGGUGGUGUGUGUUGCUGCAGAAUUUAGUUCUUUCGUAGAAAGUGUAGAAAAUCUGUAAUUUCCGUUAAUAUUGACUGUUUCUUGUUUGAAAAGAUCAAUUUCAAUAAACAGGGAAAUAGUAACAGUUUUCUGGAAGUAACUCAAAUAUUUUCAAGUUUUGAAUUACCAUCAUCAAAUCUGCGCACAGUGGCUCUUUGUGUCGAUUGUGUUGUUCCUGUUGUCAGUUCGUCUCGACUUUUGAGACGUAUGAAGGAAGAGAAAAAAUGAUUUUUUCUCAUGACUAAUAUGUACAUCUGUCUGAUGGAAAAAAUAUUGUUAAUCGAAGCUGAAUUCUUCCGCAUUCAGGACAUUUGGGCACUUUUAGAAUAACGAAUAUGUCUAGAUGGAGAAUGAAAUAACAUAUUAAAUGAAUCAUUGUGAUAGCAAGUAGGUAAAGUCUAGACUGGUAGGAAGAGGUCAAGCAAAAAGAAGUACCAGAUAAGUAACUGUUAACCCUAUCACCGCAACCUGUAGGCUCAGUCUAGGCAGAAUAGUGUUCAUUGGAAAAACUAUAGCGAACAUUUACAGUGGAAUUUAGACAAGUGCAAUAAUGAACGGGUUAAGCUUCGGUGAACUAUGUUGCUUGUUUUGUUGUCCACCAUUCCCCGGGCGAAUUGCCGCCAAACUUGCCUUCCUUCCCCCAGAGCCGACAUACAAUUUGACACCAAUCGAUGAGAGUAAAGCCAAGUAUUUGGUCAGUUUUAACGAACGCGCCGAGUGGCCAUACUCCGAACGGGAGAAAGAAAACGUAGAAGGAUUCUACACGCGUACCUCGCGUGGCAACAAACUAUCUUGCAUCUACGUUCGAUGUGCUCCGAACGCCAAAUACACACUGCUGUUUUCCCACGGCAAUGCCGUGGAUCUGGGACAGAUGAGCAGUUUCUAUCUCGGCCUUGGGCUGAGAAUCAAUUGUAAUAUUUUUAGCUAUGACUAUUCGGGUUAUGGCAUGAGCACAGGAAAGCCUUCAGAAAAGAACCUUUACGCCGAUAUUGACGCAGCGUGGCAUUCGCUCAGGACUCGCUUCGGUAUCAGCCCGGAGAAUAUUAUCCUUUACGGACAAAGCAUCGGAACUGUUCCCACUGUAGAUUUAGCUUCCCGGUACGACGUCGGAGCAGUCAUACUUCACUCUCCGUUAAUGUCAGGAAUGCGAGUUGCAUUUCCAAACACAAAACGGACGUGGUUCUUCGAUGUAUUCCCGAGCAUUGACAAGGUUUCCAAAAUCAGUUCACCCGUUCUGGUAAUCCACGGCACCGAAGAUGAAGUGAUCGAUUUUUCACACGGUUUAAGCAUUUACGAGAAAUGCCCGAAGGCAGUCGAACCGCUGUGGGUUGAGGGAGCAGGCCAUAAUGACGUUGAGCUGUACAACCAAUAUCUGGACCGCUUGAAGAAAUUUAUCGCAAUAGAACUGAACAACUGACAAUUAAAGAACGCUUCCGGGCAGCAACCGCCACCGUCGGCAGCAAGCAAAAGUCCUAAAAGUGUUCCGGGAGCAAAAACUAAUUCGACCACCGAACCAAGCAACAGCAGCUCGGCAGACAGCAAACCUCCUUCGACUGCCGGUGGAGAGUCUUCGGUCGGUCAAUCUUCAAAAAACGUCGGCGCAAGCUCAACUGCCAGUUCGAACAGUGCAGUGGCCAGUGCCUCGACCAGCGAAAAACUAUUAUAGCAUUCG